AUGGCAAAUAGGUUUCCAAAGCACGAGGCUGCCCGACAAGGCGGGAAAUCUUUCUAUGCGGGUAUCGUAUGGCUUCGGUUUGAAUCGUUUGCAGCUUCUUUAAAAUAUUUAGUACGGGAAUUAAGCAUUAAAAAUAUCGAGAUAUUAAAGACGAUCUUUCGAACAGAUGGUGUACUUUUCAGGGAAAACCCUUUGAAUCGUAUCCCAAUCUUACUCACUGCAACGGCUUUCACAUCUGCAAUCGAGAAAGCGAGUAUUGGGAAGGAUGACAUUAACGGCGAUCCUCCGUAUUAUCUACUUCCUAUGCGCAAGGGGUCGAUCCAGCAUCUUCAUGGUCAUCAUCGCCUAGUGCCGCCGAAGACAUCAUCUCACAAAUAG